AUGAUCGUGUCGAUGGGAGCUUUGCUACCUGGUGUUGGCUGCUAUUUCUGUAUCGCCUACACCUACGUGUUUCAAUUUGAUGUCAUCGCCAACUUUACACAGAGUGAUCAGUGCCCUGGCGUUAAUUCAAUGCUCCCUCCCGUCUCGUACGCCAUCGGUGUCUGGGAACCGCAACGCUACUUCUGGCUGUUCAUCAUGUUUUUGCAUUGCCCGCCAAGGAUAUUCUUUCUUAUUUUAUAUCGACGAGCAUUUCGCAACGCCGCUCCGAAAUCCAUCUGUUAUCGCCGGGUAAUUUACUUCUACACGAAAACGAUGUGGUCCGAGUUGGUUGGUCUGGUGGCAGUCAGCGUUCUUGACAUCAAGUGCAAUUUCUGUAAGUCACAGCUCUGUUCCUGCACCACCUCGUAUGAGGUUCAGUCGUGCUAUGCUGCGUAG